UGAGCGCCGGUCGUGAACCCCGCUGCUCCCGAGGGAGAGGGAAGAGCAUACUGUUGGAGUUUGGCCAGCCAGCGAUUGGCAGCGAUGGCGGCGCAUUAUUCCUCUCAUUCCCAUCCGACGUGCUUCCUGCUGCUGAUGAUUGUGUGCUCGUCAUUCCAGUGGAUGCUGGGACAGGUCUGGCUGGCUGCCGGCGCACACACAACAGCCUCAAAGCACGCCUGCCUGCACGGCUGCCUAGAUCUGUGACCUCUAUCUCUGAUUGAUCUGCUUGUGUGUUUGUGUGGCUGCUGCAGGCGGCCUUGGAGUUUCAGGCGUUUCGGUUGCUGCAGUACCAGGCGUCUGGCGAGAUGUUUGGCAGCUGGAGAUCGGCACUCAACGGAAUGGCACAUCGAAUAGGUCAGACACUCAAACAAACAGCCCAGGCAGGCGGCAGGCAGUCUCCUGUGUGCGACCUGCAUUGGCCCUUGAUCGAUCUGUGUGUGUGUGUGUGUGUGUGUCCCCUACCCCUACACAACAGGUACUGGUAGGAGUAUAAAUGGUUCGUUAAGUCGUGAGUUGAUGCGUAAGAUCGUGGUGCUGCGGCUGGCGGAGCUGACUCACCAGUUCCUCGAGGAGUUCCUGGACCAGGUGCAGGCCAGCGGACUCGUCAUCCUGCUGCCCCCGCCUGACCAGGAAAGCCAACCACCGCACCCUUGCCCCUCUACCUCCCUCACGCACACCCAUCCAUGUGUGUGUGGGCGGUUGUCAACCAGGUGACGGCCGAGCAGGUGAUGGAGUUCAAGGUGAUCGAGCAGUUCCUGGUGCGUCAGCAGAUCCCCAUGGCCGUCUACUUCGUGUACGAGACUCCGGAGCUGCUGGCGCUCUACGACGAGCUGCCGGCCAGUGAAGGCGGCGGGAGGGCCGCCGGACCUCAACACACCAAUUGGCUCAAGGACCAGAUACAGCUCGUGGUACGCAUGGGAUGGGUGGACCAACACACACGCAGAGCAGAGCAGAGCAGGGGUGGGUCGGUCCAUUGCUUGCCCCUGUGUGUGUGUGUGUUUGUUUGUUUGUUUGUGUAGGCCAAGUUGGGCGAGGCGACGCCGAUCAAGCCGCUGGAGGGGGAGAACCUCUAUGUGAGCGGACAAAGCAGGGAACCAAACAUCACUCACUCACCAGAUUGCUGGAUGGGUGGAUAAAUGCUGUCUGUGUCCCUCACACAUGCAGGGUUUCCUUCACGGCCAGUCCAAUGUGACCAGGUCGACAUGGCAGACCAACCUCCCCACCAUCGCCAUCGUGGCCUCAUACGACGCAUUCGGGGGCGCACCGGUGAGGAAACUGACACACCAACGAACCAAUCCCUCACCAUCACACGGCCACGGCCCCUUGUGUCAUGUAGAGUCUUGCGAUGGGUGCCGACGGCAACGGCAGCGGCCUGAUCGCCGCCCUCGAGCUGGCUCGUCUGUUCCGGAAGCUGUACGACACGCUCAAGCAGGGCCCUUACAACCUGCUGUUCCUCCUGACCAGCGGCAGCGUGUCCAACUUCAGGGGGAGCGACUUCUGGCUGAGCAAGAGCGACGCCCGCACACUGGACUUGAUCGAGAUCGCCAUAUGCCUUGACAGCAUUGGGGACGGGGAGGGGCUGAGGCUGCAUGUGUCGAGGCAGCCCAAGGAUGAGAAGGUCAAGAAAUUCGUCGAGGUGAGAUGGAUGACAUAUAUCCAGGGGAGGGGGGAAGAAUGAAUUGAUGUAAGGUUCUCUCUCUGUGUUGUGUACGGGUGUCGGUGUGUGAACAUUCAGCGGAUGAGGGCUGUGGCUGAGCGGAUGAAGAUCGACUUCGAUCUCAAGACCAAAAAGAUCAAGUACCCGGCAACAGCAACAGCGACACGUGCCUGUUCUGUCUGUGUGUGAUCUGCAACUCUCUCUGGGCGUCCUUUCGUUCCUUGUCUGGUUGGUCAGAAUCAACGAUCCUGUGGUGCCAUGGCAACAUGAACAGUUCGCACGGUGAGGGAGGGAGGGAGGGAGGGAGGGCGGGCGGGAGGGAGGGAGCGACCUGAACGCCAGCAAGACUAGCAUUCCUAUUUGCCUGUUGGUGCGUGGCGUGCAUAUGUCGGUCGGUUGCUCAGAUACAAGGUGGCGAGCGGCACCUUGUCCCAUGUCAGGGGUGAGACAUACCCAGCAACAGCACACCCAUCUGAACCCGUGUGCAUGAUACCGUAUUGUGCCUUCAGAGCCGGCACCAAUCUUCAUACGCAGCUCGCUCUUCGACCAAGAGUGAGCUGCCACGCACCGACACACACACACGAACAAGGGGCAACUUGUGUCUUCUCCGUGGUCGGUUUUGUUGCCUCAGCUUCUCGGACGCGGCGAGGGCACGUCUGAUGCACCGCAUCCGGUUUGUGGCGGAGACGCUCGCACUGCACAUAUACGGCAUAGACGACACCGACAUUGAGGUCGACUAAUCACCACAGAGAACACGCCUUCUCACAAACCAUGUGGCUGCCUGUCUGUCUGUCUGUCUGUGCGUGUGUGGUGUAGGUGUUUGAGGGCACCUUGUCUGUGAAUGAGGACUACAUCAGGUCGUGGCAGCGGCUGCUGUCCACCACGCCCAGGUUCUACCCCUUGCUCAAACCCAAAUCACCCUUCAUGCUGCAGCUCGAAGAGGUAAGUACUAACAACUUUGAGGAUCGGCAGCUGCAAUCCUUCAUGUCUGCGUCUGGAUGGUGUGUUGUGUGUGUUGUGUGUGUGUGUGUGUGUAGGCGCUAGGGGGUUACCUGAAGGAGGUGCAGCGGCAGGCCUUCAUCGCGCCCAGCGAAGUCAACACCUACUACACGGUACGCCCCUCUUCUCUCUCCAAACCACAUCAUGAUGUAGUGUCUGUCUAAGGGUGUUUGGCGUUGCCGAUUGUCUGCAGGACUUCCCUGUGAGCAUCAAGGCGCAUCGGACAAAACCCGUGUGGUUCGAUUUCCUCUACUUGGUGCUCAACCUCAUCUACCUCAUGGGCCUUUACGUCGUCCUCAAAGGGCCAAAGAACAUCGACUGGGCCAAACUACUCGGUCUGUGAGCUGCCUGCACUCAACCGCCCACCCAUAUCCACCCCUCCACCACUCCACCGAUCCAUCGGCUGUGUGUUUGGUGCAGACGUGAGCUCGUUGCCGAAGAAUCUGCCAUCCCUUGGCGGCACUGGCAGCGGAGGCAAGACGGCCGGCUCCAAGAAGAGCAAACAUGCAUAGGUGUACUACGUGAUGCGAUGCCGCGUGUGCGUGAGUGAAUGUCGGCAUAUGGAUGGAUACAUGUGUUGGUUCGACGCAAUGGGCGGAACAUACACACAUGUGUCUGGUGUGCACCAUGAUGGGCGGGCUUUUCUUGGUUGGCCAGAGGAGAGGGGGGGGGGGGGG